CAGGAGGUGGUUCUCUCUCCCCUCCAUUCUCAAUAAUAUAUCAACAAAAGUUCCUGGCUCCCAGGUUUGGAGAUCCUGGCACCUGAAAUACAAGAGGUAAAGGCAGGCCAGCUGCACCCAGGCCUGGAAGGCAUCAGGGCACCGUCUUUAGAAUACAAGCCUGAUCAGCAAUUUGUUUGCCUUUGUAUGUUAACUCUCUUUUCAGCCACCAGGUUCCAGAUGACAGCAGGAUGCCGACCAGACUUCCCUGGACAGACAACCCCACCAAUGUGUCCUGGAGCUCCGCUUCCCCAGAGCCCUUCCCAACUAGGGAAAGAGAGAGACAGGCUGGGAGUACGGAUCGACCUGUCAACACCCAUGUUCAUCAGGGAAGAAAUUACAGAAGCCAGACCUUCCACCUUCUGCAUCCACAAUGACCUUGGGUCCAUACUCCCAGAGAGGCACUGCUCAGCUCUGUCUUAUGAUGGUGCAGGGGAUUGAACCUGGGACUUUGAAGCCUCAGGCAUGAGAGUCAAGGUCACCCUACCCCACCCUGUCCCCCCUCCCACCCCCACCUCUGGUGAGAUGAGUGGCACCCAAGACCCUGCCAUGGUCCCUGUGGUGGCCACUCAGGGGGAGCUGGGGGACUGGAACCACCCAGGUGGGGGCAGCCCGGGUCCCCUUUCCCUCCAGCACCAGGAGCUCCAGGCCUUCCUCAGCCUUCUGGAGCACAAGCUUUUCCAGGAAUUCCUCUCCAAUGACCCCUGUUUCCAGAUUUCUGACAAGUACCUCCUGGCCAUGGCACUGGUCUACUUCUGGCGCGCCAAGCUGCAGCUCAGCGAGUAUACCCUUGGCAACCUGUUCCUGGCCUUGUACCUGGCAAAUGACAUGGAGGAGGACCUGGAGGACCCCAAGUGUGUGAUCUUCUCUUGGGCACUGGGUACAGACUGGCUGCCGCGUGUGGGGGUCUUUUUGCGCCAGAGGGAGGAACUAUGGGCGAGGAUGGACUUCCGUGCCGUGGUCAGCCGCCAGUGCUGUGAGGAGGUCAUGGGCAGACAGCCGUCCCACUGGGCCUGGACUCGUAUACGACGCCCCCACCAUGGCGGGGCCCAGAGGGGCUGGUCCAAGGUUCAGACCCCCCUCCCGAGGGGCCCUGGGCUCUCGCCACCCCACUGUGCCCUCUGCAGGAUGCCCCCGUGCUCCAGCCACAGCUGGCACCAGGCCCACCCUUUGCCUGCCUGGUCCAAGCGCCUGUCUCCUGAGCCCACGUGGCCCAGCCCUCCCUCGCCGGCCUUGCUCUCAGCGACUGAAGAGCGGGGUGAUGGCUUGGUGCUCAUCCUGCCCCCCCAGCUGUGUCUGGAGCCGGGCACCUACACCCUGUAUGUCCUCCCAGAGCAGCAUCCCAGGCCCUGACACUUGGGUGAAGAGAACGCCUGCCCACCCAGUGCUUCCCACCAUGGCCCUCUGGCCUCCUGUCUUACUGGUCUUGGGCUGGCUGUGCUCCCAUGCCCUCUGUCCCCUGCUCCCUGCUUGUCCCCACAUGGUCCCUGGCCUCAUCCAAUA